UAUGGCGUGUCGAUAGAAAGAAAGACACGGAGCGCGACAACACACAUUUUCAGAGCGGACCGGGCUCCCGUCUCGCAAACAUGGACGUGCAAGCGCUAUUGCCGGUUCUAGGCGCGUGUUUGUCGCAUGACCAAACGCACGUAAAAGAGGCGGAGCGCGUACUGAAGCAGCAUGAGCAAUUGCCAGGGCAAGCUGUCCAGUUACUGCGCGUCGCUGCGGAGGACACUGUGGACGCGGGCAUUCGCCAUAUGGCUGCUAUCACGUUUAAGAACCUGGUGAAGCGCAGCUGGGAGAAGUCGGAGUCGCACGAGAGUGGCGCCGGCGCUGCGCCGCAGUUCGUGAUCCCAGACGCGGACAAGGAGGUGGUGCGGCAGAAUAUCCUGGAGGCCAUGAUCAGGGCUCCCCACACCAUUCAGUCUCAGCUGUCCGAGGUGUUCAAAAUGGUCAUCUACUGCGACUACCCGGAGCGCUGGCCCGGACUCAUGGAGGCGCUGUACGGCAACCUCGGCGCACAGGACCAGGGCCGUGUGCACGGCGGCCUGCUGGCGCUGCGGCUGCUGGCGCGCAAGUACGAGUUCCGCGACGAGGAGGAGCGCGCGCCGCUGGACGGCGUCAUCACCACCUCCUUCCCGCUGCUGCUGCACAUAUUCAGGCAGCUGCUGGCGGCGCCGCCCAGCCCGCAGGUGUCUGGCUACAUCAAGCUGGUGUGCAAGACCUUCUGGAGCGCCACCUACAUGGGGGUGCCGGCGGCGCUGCUGGAGCGGGAGACGUUCGCGGGCUGGAUGGGCGCCCUGCACACCGCGCUUACACAGCAGGAGCCGCCGGAGGUGGCGGCUCUGGACGCUGAGGACCGGCCCGCCGCCCCCUGGUGGAAGGCCAAGAAGUGGGUGCUGCACAUCACCUACCGCCUGUUCAACAGGUACGGUCAGCCCAAGCACUGCCGCGAGGGCACUGAGCGCCAGUUCGGCGACCUGUACGCGGCGGAGUGCAUGGCGCACUUCCUGGACGCGCACCUGGGCCUCAUGUCGGCGCUGGCCUCGGGCGCCUACUUCAGCCCCCGAGCCACAAACAUGCUGUUCCAGUACAUGAGCCACGCCGUGAACAUCCCCGCCGCCUACAAGCGGGUGGGCGGCGCCUGGGACGGGCUGCUGCACAACGUGGCCUUCCCGCUCAUGGCCUUCAACGACGAGGACGCCCGGCUGUGGGCCGAGGACCCGCAGGAGUACAUCCGCAAGGGCUACGACAUCCUGGAGGACAUGUACAGCCCCAAGACCGCCGCCGCCAACUUCGCGCACGACCUGUGCUCCAAGAAGAGGACGCACCUGGACGCCUUCAUGGCGCUGGUGGCGCAGGUGCUGCAGACCUUUGCCCGCGCCAACGCCGCCGCCGCCGCCGACCCCGCCGCCGGCCCCACUGCCGCCGACGCGCGGCGUGUGGACGGCGCCCUGCUGGCGGUGGGCUGCCUGGCACCACUGCUCAAGCACAAGAAGCCGUACAAGGAGCAGCUGGGGCCCAUCAUGGCCACCUACGUCAUGCCCUGCUUCGCCAGCCCGCACGGCCACCUGCGCAGCAAGGCGGUGUGGGUGAGCGGCGUGUUCUGUGACACCUCCUUCCCGGACGGCACCAACCGCGGCGCCACCUACAUGGCCUUCUUCGAGGCGGUGGUGCGCUGCCUGGGCGACCCCGAGCUGCCGGUGCGUGUGGACGCGGUGGUGUCGCUGCGGCACUUCCUGGAGGAGAUGGAGGACGUGGAGCCCGUGGCACCCGCACUGCCCGCACUGCUCAACAGCAUAUUCGGACUCAUGAACCAGGUGGACAACGAGGACCUGGUGUUCACGCUGGAGGUGCUGGUGGACAAGUUCGGCGAGCAGAUCGCGCCCUACGCGGUGCAGAUGGCGCAGCAGCUGGCGGGCGCAUUCUGGAAGUACGCGGCGGCGGCGGACGAGGACGCCGAGGGAGACGACGACGCGGCCGGCAUCGCGGCCUUCGGCUGCAUGCGCGCCCUGAACACGCUGCUUGAGAGCUGCAGCGAGGCCCCGGCGCUGGUGGGGGCGCUGGAGGAGGUGCUGUACCCGCUGCUGCACCGCAUGCUGAGCACCGAGGGGCAGGACGUGUUCGAGGAGGUCCUGGAGAUGCUGUCCUACCUGACCUACUACGGCCCCUCCAUCAGCGAGCGGCUGUGGGGGCUGUGGCCGCAGAUCGAGGCGGCCGUGAACGAGUGGGCGGUGGACUACUGGGAGAACAUCCUGGUGCCGCUGGACAACUUCAUCUCCCGGGACACGGAGCGCUUCCUCACCUGCACCGCCCCCGACUACAAGGCCAGCCUGUUCGGCAUGGUGCGCGGGGCGCUGCAGGGCGACUACGGCGAGCGGGACGUGGUGCCGGCGGCCAAGCUGCUGGAGGUGGUGCUGCAGAACUGCCGGGGCCGCGUGGACGCCUGGGUGGGGCCCUACCUGCAGCUGGCGCUGGGGCGACUCAACACCGCCACCAACCGCACACUCAAGGACACGCUGGUGCUGGUGGUGGCCAACGCGCUGUACUACAACGCGCCGCUGGCCCUGGCGGCGCUGGGCCAGAUGGGCGUGACGGGGCAGUUCUUUGGCGCCUGGUUCACGGCCAUUUUCGCGGUCAAGAAGUCUGGCAAGCCGCGGCACUUCCGGCGGCAGCACGACAAGAAGGUGGCGGUGCUGGGGCUGACCUCGCUGCUAGCGGUGCCGGAUGAGGCGCUGCCGGCGGAGAUCAAGGCCGGACUGCCGCAGGUCCAGGCGGGUGUGAUGCGGCUGCUGAUUGCGCUCAAGGAGCAGCAGGCGGAGGCGGAGGAGCUGGCCAAGCAGGGCGGCAGCGACGACGAGGCGGAGGACGACGACGCCGACUUCGGGGAAGAGGACGACGACGACGAGGAGGAUGAGGAGGUGACCAAGGCCCUGCGGCGCGGCGCGCGGGCGCUGCUGGGCGAGGGCAGCGAGGACGGCGACGAGAGCGACGACGAGUUUACUGACGACGAGGAGGUGCACACGCCCAUCGACCCCGUGGACCCCUACGUCUUCUUCGCGGAUGCACUGGCCGGCCUGCAGGCGCACAUGCCCGCACGGCACGCUGCGCUGCUGGCGGCGUGUGACGCCAACACGCAGGCGGCGCUGGGCGGCAUGGUGGCCUACGCCGCGGAGAUCAAGGCCAAGCCGCCGGCAGCCGCGGAGGGGGGCAAGUAAGGCAUGGGAGGCGGUCCGUGUGAGCGCUGAGGGCUGAGUGUGCUGGUGGCGGCAGGAGGCAUUGCGUGUGCGCAUGUGUGAGAUGUCAACGAUAGGUCUAUUCAGGCAGAGCGGGACGCGGGCGAUGGCAGGAGACUGCCAGGGGAGGCCAGGCAGCAGUCAUGUGUUGACCUGAAAGGCGGGGCAUUAGGAGCGACAGCGUAGAUCUAUUGGUGAGGUGCAUUAGUAAGCAGUGCUACCGAGGCGCAGGGCAUUGACGUCUGUGCGCGGUGUUAUGAGCGGGUAUGCAGAACGCAUGCGGGAUGAGAGUGAGAGUGAGAGUAUGCACGAGUGCAGCCGAGUGAGACACAACAGGGCAGGUGGGCAGUGUGCGGCACAGGGAGGCAGGGGCAGGCACCCCUGCGCGGAGGGGUAGGUGCGACCUUGGGUGCGACGAGUGUGUGUGGGAAGGAGGGGGUCAUCAGUGCGCAGCCGUUUAUCCUGAGGCUCGACUGCAACCGGUAGUGUGGACUGUGUGCUGCGAUGUGUGGGGCGCUGUGUGGUGGGAAGGUCCCCGCGGGGUAUCGCGCGCGUGCCCAGGCUCCGGCCGGCCCCGGAUGCAGCUGCGCGCUGUGUGGAGGCGGCAAGUGCAAGGGUGGGGUAGGAAAUGGUGCUGGGUGGCGGAAUUGGAAUCGACUAGGGUACUGGUGGCGAUGUAAGGCACUUGGAACCCGCGAGAUACCCGGAAUUACUGUGCAGAUAUCGCAACCCAUGCAUUGAUUGUAACUGUAGUCUGGC